AGUUUUUGUAAUCGUAAUUAGCGUUGUAAGUUGGGGGGCUAUCAAUCAUGUGCGAGCGAGCUGGAAGAUGAAGAAGAAAAAUGGGGAUUAGCCUUGCUUCGUCACUUAUUAUCAUCUCUAUCUGAGGACUUACAUGUCAGCACGUAUUUCAUGAUGCCAUCUCGGAGGAAAGAGAUGUUGUUGAUGAUGUUCCAAAAGCCCUUGAAGUGGGUGAGAAUGUAGUGGACUGUGUUGGGCGACGGCUUCAAGAGCACUUUGAUCUUGGUGAGGAAUUCAGCUGUACAGGGUCAAAGCGGCGAAUGAGUGAAAGGGUCCACUCCAAGAAGAUUAGAUAUAAUGGAGUACUCACGCGUCGUGCAGUUUGGACCGGUGUAUCCCGUACGCGUGCAGUCACACUCAUACGCGUCGGCCCCAAGGGCUGUGCAGACCCCUCUGUUCUGGCAUGGCUCCGAGCAGCACGGGUUACCUGAGACACACCAUGUGGAAGAAGAGGCAUGACAACGGGAACACGGCAUGAUUUUCAGUCAUUAAAGUGGUUUGACUUACCUCCCUCACAGAUGAGAAAACCAAGAGCCAAAAGGAAAAAACUGAGUGUGUUCAUACUCUAAAGACUCGGUGUGAACUUUUUCUUCCUGGCUGCACAACUGUUCACCUCCACUGUAAGUUCAACUUCUGAGCGUCCCAUCCUGCCCAGGGAGCACCUUUAUAUCCUGUGGGUGACGUCAUCAGCCACCUCACACAGACACAAGGAUCAUCGUUUUUCCCCUUGCACAAUCUCACAUGUGUGGUUUCAACUGACCAGUGAGAUGUUCUCCUAAGUUUCCAUCUUGCCAGUGGCCUCCAUUACUAACACACACCAUGGCAUCCAAUAUCAUUGUGGAACAACAAUUUUCUCACAAAUUCACUGUGACUGUCGUCCGAGCUGAGAGCGUCACCAAGGGAGCACUGGGAGACUUGUUGGACACACCAGACCCGUACGUGGAGCUUUUAAUCCCGACAGCCCCAGAGAGCAGAAAAAAGACCAGACACAUAGACAACAACAUCAAUCCAAAAUGGGAAGAAACCUUUCACUUCAUACUAGACCCCAACCUGCAGAACGUUUUGAAGAUAACGUUAAUGGACGCCAAUUAUGUGAUGGACGAGACCCUUGGGACCACUUCCUUUGACAUCGCCAAGCUCAAAGUGGGCCAGAAAAGGAUGGAGACCUUCCUUAUUGGCAAAACAACCAAGGUCUACUUAGAGAUGUUUCUGGAGAUCUGUACCAAGUUGGAUCUACGAUUCAGCCUUGCUCUGUGUGACAACGAAAAGCAGUUCCGGCAGACCCGCCGAGAACGAGUGAUGCUGGGAAUCAAGAAGUUGCUUGACAUGGAAAAGCCGCGUUUCCUUCCUAGCUCACCAGAAGAGGUACCAGUGAUCGCUAUCUCGGGUUCAGGAGGUGGCUUUCGUGCCAUGGUCGGCUACUCGGGUGUGAUGAAAGCCCUCUUUGAGUCUGGAGUCCUGGAUUGUGCAACCUAUAUUGCUGGUCUCUCUGGAUCCACCUGGUACAUGUCCGCUCUGUACUCCCACCCAGAGUUUCCAAAUAAGGGCCCAAAUGAGAUCAACAAGGAGCUCAUGAACCGAGUCAGCAGUAAUCCAUUGAGGCUGUUGCUGCCACAACAUAUAACCAAUUACAUCCAGGCUCUGUGGACCAAGAAGGCCUUGGGACAGCCUGUUACCUUCACCGAUAUAUUUGGUAUGCUCAUCGGAGAGACGCUUGUACCUUCGAGGAUGGACAUCAAGCUGAGUGACAUCAAGGAGAAAAUCAGUCAGGCUCAGUGUCCUCUUCCUCUCUUCACUUGUCUGCAUGUCAAGCCAGAUGUUUCGGAGCUCAUGUUUGCAGACUGGGUGGAGUUCAGCCCUUAUGAAAUUGGAAUGGCAAAGUACGGCACUUUCAUGACGCCUGACUUGUUUGGAAGCAAGUUCUUCAUGGGGACUGUCGUCAAGAAAUAUGAGGAAAACCCUCUUCACUUUUUAAUGGGUGUGUGGGGAAGCGCCUUCUCUAUUCUUUUUAACCGAGUGCUGGGCGUCAAAGACACACCUGGAGGCUGCACAAUGGAGGAAGAGUUAGAGCAGAUUAAACCACAGCACAUUGUUGGAGAAGACAGUAUGGACAACGAGGAUGAACCCCGCAAAGUCGGCACAGAGAACCAAGAGGCUGAGGAUGAGUAUCAUCGCACUGCUCAGGCCAGCUGGGUACAAAGGAUGUUCACAUCGCUCUUCAGCGACUCAGCCCUGUUUAACACCAGAGAGGGCCGUGCUGGCAAGGUGCAUAACUUCAUGUUGGGCCUGAACCUGAACACCAGCAUGCCUUUCUCUCCUGUCAGUGGGGUCAUCUGCCAUGCACUUACACCAGAGGAGGAGGUAGACGCUGUGACAGACCCUGACGAGUUUGACCGCAUUUAUGAACCUCUGGAUGUGAAGAGUAAGAAGAUCCAUGUGGUGGACAGCGGCCUCACCUACAACCUCCCAUACCCUCUCCUCUUGCGGCCCCAACGCACCGUCGACCUCAUCAUCUCCUUUGAUUUCUCUGCACGACCCAGUGACUCCAGCCCGCCAUUCAAGGAGCUCUUGUUGGCGGAAAAAUGGGCUCGUAUGAACAAGCUUCCAUUCCCCAAAAUUGAUCCGAAAGUCUUCGACCGAGAGGGCCUGAAGGAAUGCUACGUGUUCAAACCCAAAAAAGGCGAAAAGAACUGCCCAACUGUCAUCCACUUUGUUCUGGUCAACAUCAACUUCAGGGAGUUUAAAGCGCCUGGUGUUCCAAGAGAGACAGAGAAGGACAAAGAGUUUGCAGACUUCGACAUCUUUGACGACCCCGAGUCUCCAUUCUCCACCUUCAACUUCCAGUACUCCAACGAGGCAUUCACUCGACUCCAUGACCUCAUGGAAUUCAACACCCUCAACAACUUGGAGGUGAUUAAAGAGGCCAUCAAAGAUCGCAUCGUGUUACGGAAAGAGAACCCUUCCUCCCUCACUUUGCCCUUCUACCUCAGCGAUAUCCCCAAGAAGAGGUUUCUCAAAAGGAAUCCUCACCUUAAACCCUGGAAUCACCAUGACAACAAUGACCAGUAGUCGCCUGCUUUUGAAUGUACACUUUCGGCAUUAUCUUUUUGGAAAUGAUCAGAUGUGUCUGUUUCAUCACAUUAGAUAAAAAGUGAUUUUGUAGUCUCAGAAACUGACAAUUCUUUUGCACAAAAUGGGGGAAAAGUGUUUUUGCUGACACAGUUUUAAAGAUGUUGGGUUUCCUUCUGGCUGAGAGAUAUAUUGACACUGCUUUUCUUGUACUCUUGAAGUUAAAAGUUAAAGUACCACUGUUACUCACACACACACCAAGUGUGGUGAAAUGACCCUCUGCAUUUGACCCAUCCCCUUGUUCCACCCCCUGGGAGGUGAGGGGAGCAGUGAGCAUCAUAGUGGCCGCGCUCGGGAAUCAUUUUGCUGAUUUAACCGCCAAUUCCAACCCUUGAUACUGAGUGCCAAGCAGGGAGGUAAUGGGUCCCAAUUUUAGUCUUUGGUAUGACCCGGGCAGGGUUUGAACUCACAACCUUAAAGAAAGAUAUUUGCUCUUUCAUCCUCCAUCUAUGCAGCACUUGAAUCAGUGUCCUGACUCAAGUAUUUUUGCGACCAUUCCCAUUAUUCACUCAGCUGUAUUCAACCCGUCAUACCUUAGUUUGCAGAUAAGCAUUUUUGUUGUUACCCACCUGAGUGACAUCAUGCACUUGUUAGAUUAGUAACAAGUAACCGCGCCGAUUUCUAGCCGUCAUUCAGUUGCAGAAAACAUUUUUUUUCCAUUAUUGACCCACCUGAGUGACACACCUGAACAUCUUUAGUGACCUCAUGCAUGUGUUUGAUAGUCACUUAGUAACUACAGUAGUACCUAGUAAACACGGUGAUUGCUACCCCUCAAACAUUUCAAUGUUGUUUAAUCACCCACAGGGAGGGAGCGAGGAGCGCUCCCCUGUUGGGAGUGCCUCACAUCUAAGCCGCCAUUGUGCAAAAACAACACCUGACACCAUAGAAACGCCCGCACCGCUUUUUGCUCUCUCACACGGGGAUUAAAGGGUGUGUUUAUUCUCCCGGCCGUGUUGUUUCAGGCUACUUUUUCAGUUCGAGGCCAUUUCCUCGUCUUCCCCUCAGAUUACACGAAUUGAGGGCAUUAAAAAACUCUGGCUCUCGCUCAGUGGAAUUUUACACACUACACCUACACCUCCAGCACUGCAGGCCUGGAACCUGACACUUUACACCUUCACCUGCAGGCUGCACACACCGCAGUGGAAUUUUACACUCAAACUCUUCCGACCGCUCUUCUCCUCAUGUUUCUGGUCAGGAAGACAUUCAGAAAACCACAACAAUGUGUUGCAUUACAAAGACACUUGGACAAAAAUGUGAUGUUUUUUUUUGUUUUAUUUCGCAGAUGACCAGUGUCUGUUUUUACACCUUUCCUGUAGUUUGAUCAUAGUUGUAUCGUUUUUAUAAGAUAUGCUGAGGCAAGAGUUUCAUGGGCAAUCAAAUUUUCAUCACAAGCUUUUAUUUCAAGCAAACUUAUUUUUUCAUGAAUAUAUAUAUAUAUAUAUAUAUAUAUAUGCAUAUACACACACGAAUACAUAUAUAUAUAUACAUACAUACACACAUAUAUUUACAUAUAUAUAUAUAUAUACACAUAUACAUACAUACACAUGUAUAUAUGUACGUGUGGGGAAAACAAGACUACAUCUCUACAGAACUGUUUUAUGAGGGGUUCCCUCAAUUGUCAGGAGAUUGAGGGAACCCCUCAUGAAACAGUUCUAUAGAGAUGAAGUAGUCUUGUGAGUUUUCCCCACACAUACAUAUUGCGCUCUACUACGGUAUCGAGCACUAUUCUCUGGACAAUUCAAUUAAGACAUAUACAUACAUACAUACACACAUAUACAUAUACAUAUACAUAUAUAUAUAUAUAUAUACAUAUAUAUAUAUAUAUAUACAUAUAUAUAUAUAUACACACACACACAUAUACACAAAUAUAUAUAUAUACACACACACGCAUAUUAUAUAUAUAUAUAUGUAUAUAUAUAUAUAUAUAUAUAUAUAUAUAUACGUAUGUAUGUCCUGGAGUUGUAGGAGAUUGUCUCAAAAUCUCAUCAGAAGUCCUGACAAAACCUGUAAAUAACAGAAAAUGUAUUUACUGUUUUAUGAGGGGUUCCCUCAAUCGUCAGGAGAUUGAGGGAACCCCUCAUGAAACAGUUCUUUAGAGAUGAAGUAGUCUUGUAAGUUUUCCCCACACAUACAUAUUGCGCUCUACUACGGUAUCGAGCACUAUUCUCUGGACAAUCCAAUUAAGACAUAUACAUACAUACAUACAUAUAUAUAUAUAUAUAUAUACAUAUAGACACACAUAUAUAUAUAUAUAUAUAUAUAUAUAUAUAUAUGUCCUGGAGUUGUAGGAGAUUGUCUCAAAACCUCAUCAGAAGUCCUGACAAAACCUGUAAACAACAGAAAAUGUAUUUACUAGAAGGUACUAGAAUGUAUAAUCAUAUUCUUCUUCAAGUUCUUAUGAAAGCCCUGGUAAUAAUCCAUCAAAAUAUUAGAAUUGAUCAAUUUAAAGCCCAUAAAGGGUUAGAACAGGGAUCCAUCCAUCCAUCCAUCCAUCAUCUUCCGCUUAUCCGAGGUCGGGUCGCGGGGGCAACAGCCUAAGCAGGGAAACCCAGACUUCCCUCUCCCCAGCCACUUCGUCUAGCUCUUCCCGGGGGAUCCCGAGUCGUUCCCAGGCCAGCCGGGAGACAUAGUCUUCCCAACGUGUCCUGGGUCUUCCCCGUGGCCUCCUACCGGUUGGACGUGCCCUAAACACCUCCCUAGGGAGGCGUUCGGGUGGCAUCCUGACCAGAUGCCCGAACCACCUCAUCUGGCUCCUCUCGAUGUGAAGGAGCAGCGGCUUUACUUUGAGUUCCUCCCGGAUGGCAGAGCUUCUCACCCUAUCUCUAAGGGAGAGCCCCGCCACACGGCGGAGGAAACUCAUUUCGGCCGCUUGUACCCGUGAUCUUAUCCUUUCGGUCAUGACCCAAAGCUCAUGACCAUGGGUGAGGAUGGGAACGUAGAUCGGUAAAUUGAGAGCUUUGCCUUCCGGCUCAGCUCCUUCUUCACCACAACGGAUCGGUACAACGUCCGCAUUACUGAAGACGCCGCACCGAUCCGCCUGUCGAUCUCACGAUCCACUCUUCCCCCACUCGUGAACAAGACUCCUAGGUACUUGAACUCCUCCACUUGGGGCAGGGUCUCCUCCCAAACCCGGAGAUGGCACUCCACCCUUUUCCGGGCGAGAACCAUGGACUCGGACUUGGAGGUGCUGAUUCUCAUUCCGGUCGCUUCACACUCGGCUGCGAACCGAUCCAGCGAGAGCUGAAGAUCCCGGUCAGAUGAAGCCAUCAGGACCCCAUCAUCUGCAAAAAGCAGAGACCUAAUCCUGCGGUUACCAAACCGGAACCCCUCAACGCCUUGACUGCGCCUAGAAAUUCUGUCCAUAAAAGUUAUGAACAGAAUCGGUGACAAUGGACAGCCUUGGCGGAGUCCAACCCUCACAGGAAAUGUGUUCGACUUACUGCCGGACAGGGAUAUACAACCUAUUUUUUGGGGGGGCCGGGGGGGGGGCACAUUUCAAGAAAGUUAAGGACCGCGGGUUCUGACGUCUCCCUUCACUAUUGUUCUUAUUUUGUAUAGUCUGGAGAACCGGCGUCCUUCACAGUAGACAUUUGAUUUUGGUUUAUUUUUGUUGUCAGAGUUACAGGAGCGCUCUGCUCUUUUUAAAUAUCUUCUGCAAAAAAGCUAGUCAAAGAUCAUCUUUAUUACAGCACUCUUGUGUUUUUAUAAAUCUGCUGCAAAAUGAGAGUCUCUCAAGUUUUUCUAACUAAAGUUGUGUAGCCCUAAUAAUGAAACAGAGAGCCUGAAAUGGAAUAUGAGGACCACCGCAAGUAUAAGUACAGAUGUUGAAGAAAAAAAAAUACUGAUUGCUUAUGAAAUAAACAAGCUACAGCAACACUUUUGUUACAUAAAUCGCGUUACGAAACAAAAA